UCUGGCAGUCUCAUCAGAUUGUCUCAAUGGCUAAACACAAGCUUUUCCUGUUUUUUUCUCUGUUACUGUGUGUGUUUAUCUCUCUGUCUUUGCCCUUCGAUCAAGUGCCUGCGAUCCUGGACAGGAGCUCGGAGGUCCCACCAUAUCAAGCUGUGAGAAUUAGAACAGAUGGAGAACAUGUUGAGAGUUCAAGUGCCUCACACGAGGAGAGUUAUUCGCCUGCAGCUGAAAAUCCACUCAGAAGAAUACUGCAGCCUUUUGGAUGGCACCUGCAUGCCCAGCCCAGAACCAAGCGGAAGUUACUACAGUCUACCAGCUCUGGACCCUACUCCCCACUGACUGUAGCUUACAACGGCAAGAUAUGCAUCCUUUUCAAAGCGAAGAGACUGGCUAUUCGAUACAGAAACAACACUUUCCUGGACCUCACAGAGAGGGUAUUUCGACCCAGUGCACAAGUAGACACCAAAGGCUCUGUUUGUACAAAGGAGAAGGCCAUGCUGUCUUUACAUUUGGGUGAUGUGGAAGACAUCAGGGGACUUGUCAUCAGGCUUCAGAUGUCCAACACAUAUUAUGAAUCAGUAGGCCAGAACUGGUUCACUCUGGACAGUGUUCACAUCCACUACAACUGGACUCAUGAGGCCACGUUCAAUGCCACGGAGGUCUAUGCCCCUGCCACCUAUUCUUACCACUGCCAGCAUGUCAGCAGCUUACAGAAAUAUGACACCCUAUUGGUGCCCAGCUCCCACACUGACAGCUCGGCAAACUGGCACAUCACAUUCACAGAUUUUCAGAUCCAGGCUUUUAAUGUCCAGUCCAACAAGUUUGCUUCAGCAAGCGACUGUGCAACCUUCUUCACUCCAGCAAUCUUGAUGGGCCUGAUCACCUCCCUGAUUCUGCUGCUGGUGUUGGCCUACGCCCUGCACAUGGUCGUCCACCUCAAGCACAUUGACCGUUAUGAAGAGCACAAGACCACCGUCUACUUCCCCCGCACCCCCGAGGCCGAGCUCCCAGACAAGAACAGCGUGUGAGGAGCGACGACAGUGCUGUAAAACCAGCAAAAGACCAGCAUGGAAAGGAUUGCUAGUUCUGAUUCUGGAUGUCUGCGUUGUCCUCUUGGUCUUCCUCCUGCCUGACACUACAUCCUCUCUUUAUCACUGUCUUAACCUAACUUCUUACAGUCAGAGGAUGAGAUUACCUGAUCAAUCAGGUGUUAAAACCCAGGCUGGAGCCAAGCCUGGACAGAUCACGGCUUUCCAGGACCAGGACUGGGAAGCCUAUGAAAUGGGGACAAAAAAAUGUGAGAUUGCCUUUUAAUAGACCACCAUUAUGGCGGACUUUUCAAAGCACUUCGCUGACUGGAGACAAGUAAUGUGGUUAGAAAUAUACAAAUUGACAAUGUGGUGGUGGCUGAAGAGAAAAGACUGUGAAACAGAAAUGACUGUGGCCUGAUAUGGAAGUCUCCUGGGUUUUUUAUUUACAGUACUUCAUAAAUCACCAUCUCAUUCAUCUGGAAUGGAGUCUGCAGACUGAUCUGCCAAAUUACAAGAACUGUUUUAUGACUGCCAAAGUGGUGCAAAACUGUUUGUCAGCCUUGAUGGGUAACUUGACAGUAAUAAUGUGAAUACGAAACAUACAAAACAAACCAUAAAAUGUACAGCGCUUAAUACUAUUUAUGUAUUCCAGAACUAUACAAUGUAGAUUCAGGAAUUCCAUAAAUAUACUCAUUGGCUUUAAAUUAUCAGCUAGAUAUUCAUAUAGAUCUAGAUUCAACUGCUGUUUUAGUAAUUAACAAACAUCCGGUAUUAAGCACCUUCAAAUCUAUAAAUAUUAAGUUCGUAAUGCGUAUUGCAAGAAAAAAUACGUUUUUAAAGCUUCGGAAACUGAUAUAUUGCACAGAAUUUUUUUUAUAUGAUCUCAUACUUGCUAUGCCGUCCCUUUUCAGGUGGAAUAUAUUAGGACUAAUAGAUGAAUUUAGCACCCCUUGAGAAUUUAUAGUACAGACAGUAUAACUAUAGUGAGGUAAUGCUGAAGGAAUGCUGUACAAUUAUUCAUGUAAGUGUUUAAUACCCUCAGUAUCAUAAUCAGUAUACCUCUAUAUCUACAAUUAUAACAUCAGUAACUCAUUAUCACAAUAACCUGCAGCAUGACAAUGACUAGCGAUAAACCUCUACCAUGGCACGUCUGAUACUGGAGGUAGCAAUGUGUAAUGUGUUCAUUUGAAUGACGGUCGUACACACUGAAGUGCACAAGAAGUUUCCUGAACAUCGUCAAUUCAGUCUGAACAAUAAACAGUGAUCAGAUCAAAACAGUGCAUCAUACUUUUAUAUCUUCAAUGGUUGAGAAACGUUGCAUGCCUUUUCAGUAUUGUUCUCUAUUAUGGUAAACAGUGGUCGUGGCCACACAGACUGCUGCUGUAGGGAUCACCGCUGUCUUUCGAGCCCACCUCAUGCUGGCUGUCUGCUACGGCCCUGUUUUUUUGUGGUGAAAAAGCAGCAACCCCCUUCUGUCUGAUUUUUUCCUGCCCUUUCUGCCAUCUGCUCUCCUCUCACACUUCUCAGCAGGAGCCUGCGGCGCUGCCCUCUUAACGGGACAGUUUACCUGUCUGCCUUCGAAACGAACUUUAC